AUACCCCACCGCAGCCUGCACACCCACCCCAGGGGGCCCUCACCUCCAAGUGCUUUCUCUCUCCCAGGCCACUGUGGCCGCCUUCACGGCCAGCGAGGGCCACGCACAUCCCAGGGUAGUGGAGCUGCCCAAAACGGACGAGGGCCUGGGCUUCAACAUCAUGGGUGGCAAAGAGCAGAACUCGCCCAUCUACAUCUCCCGGGUCAUCCCGGGAGGCGUGGCGGACCGCCAUGGAGGCCUCAAGCGUGGAGACCAGCUGCUGUCGGUGAAUGGUGUGAGCGUGGAGGGCGAGCAGCACGAGAAGGCGGUGGAGCUGCUGAAGGCGGCCCAGGGCUCCGUGAAGCUGGUGGUGCGGUACACGCCGCGGGUGCUGGAGGAGAUGGAGGCCCGCUUCGAGAAGAUGCGCUCCGCCCGCCGGCGCCAGCAGCACCAGAGCUACUCGUCCUUGGAGUCUCGAGGCUGAAACCACAGAUCUGGACCUUCCCCUCCCCCCUCCCCUGUACAGUAUUUAUUGUCACUGGCUCCUUAUUUAAAGCUCUUUGACCCUCA